UAAACACAGACCUACAUUACUUCUUUGCAAGGCCUACGCGGCACAAAUAAAAUACAAUUUGCUCUGGUUUUUACUCCGCUGCUUAUCCCGUACACUCCCCCUUCAUGGUUCAAACAAAGCCAUUCGGUUCAUGGACUUCGCCCAUCACUGCUGAAUCUCUCGGCAAAGAAUCUGGUCCACGACAUGAUUUCAAUGUCGUUGUCGAUCCCGCCACAAACAAUGUCUACUGGACCGGUUCUUCUGGCGAGGCUAGCGGUAGAGUAACAAUUUUCUCACGCAAAAUCGAUGGUUCUGACGAAACAAAGGUAGCCAUACCAGACGGUUUUAACUGUCGUACUCGGGCUCAUGAAUAUGGUGGCGGAGCAUUCACUGUAUACAAGAAUGUCUUGUAUUUUUCGAACAUUAUGGACGAUCGUUUGUAUAAAUUGGACCUGAACACUGGUCGGGUCGUACCUGUUGUUCCAGAAAACCCUUAUUAUCGCUAUGCUGAUAUGGUCAUCGAUCAAGAAGAGCGCUUUCUUAUUUGCGUUCGCGAAGAGCAUUUCGAAAAUGAAACACCAAAGGACGUUGUCAACACCAUUGUAGCAAUUGACCUCCUUGGUGAUAAUGUUGAUCUGGCUGUUAAAGUCAUCGCCCAGGGAAAUGAUUUCUAUAUUAGUCCACGUCUUAACCCGGACAGUACCAAACUGGCAUAUGUUACAUGGAAUCAUCCAAACAUGCCUUGGGAUUUCACCAAAUUGCACAUUGCCAGCGUAUCUGUUUCAAAUGGUGUCCAGCUUUCUGACGACAAGUGCGUUGUGGGCGACAAGAUUGACGAGAGUAUCAUGCAACCUAGAUAUGCUAGUGACGGCACAUUAUAUGUGAUGUCCGAUCGCUCUGGAUUUUGGAAUCCUUACAAGUAUGAAAGUGGGGAUAUACAGCUUUUGUUACCCCAACAUCUCGCACAAGAAUUCGGCGGCCCGACUUGGAACUUUGGACAAACAGACUAUCGUCCUUUCCAAUCAGAUCCCACCAAACUUCUUUGCAAGAACAAGUCGUCGCUCGCAGUGUUGGAUGCAACUACCAAGACGCUGACCAAUUUGCCAACACCCUUUAGAGGAGCCGCUCAUUUAUCUACCGCCGUCCAUAACGGUGAGGACUAUGCGGUCUUCCUUGGUGUAUCGUCUAAUAAGCCUACUACCAUCGUUGCUUACAAUGUCACUGAAAAGAAAGUGACAGCCUAUCUUUCACGCUCUGUCUUGGAGCCUCUUGAUGAUGCCUACAUUUCUGUGUCUCAAGAAAUUAGUUUCCCAACAAAAUUGGGUGAGGGUUACUGCUUCUUCUAUCCCCCCAAGAAUCCUGAUUUCCAAGGCGAAGGCUUACCACCAUUGAUCGUUUUGUCUCAUGGUGGUCCCACUGGUAAUGUCGAUGGUUCUUACAAUCGCAACUUCCUGUACUGGACAUCUAGAGGUUUUGCUAUCGCUGACGUUAAUUAUGGAGGAUCCAGUGGAUAUGGCAGGGAGUACAGAAAUCGCCUUCACAAAAACUGGGGCGUCGUCGAUGUCGAUGAUUGCUGUGAUGCUGCUCUGUACUUGGCUGAGAAAGGUUAUGUCGACCGUGAGAAGCUGUCUAUCAAGGGAGCUAGUGCUGGUGGAUAUACUACUCUUGCAAGUUUGACUUUCCGCCCAGAAGUUUUCAAAGCUGGAUGCAGUCUUUAUGGUAUUUCCGACAUCACCUUGAUUGCAAAAGAAAGUCAUAAAUUUGAGUCGAGAUAUAUAGAUAACCUUAUUGGCCAAUACCCUAGGGACAUUGAGCUCUUCCGAAAACGGUCGCCCAUCCAUUAUGUCAACAACAUCUCCUGUCCCGUCAUCCUCUUCCAAGGCCAGGAUGACAAGGUUGUACCACCCUCUCAGGCUGAGGUCAUGUUGGAGGCUAUGAAUGCCAACAAGGUGCCUAACGCUUACGUCGCUUAUGAAGGCGAGAGUCAUGGUUUCCGUAAGCCCGAAAACAUCAUUCGCACACUUGAGCUUGAGCAAUGGUUUUAUGGCCAGAUUUUUGGAUUCCCCGUGGAAGGCAUCGAAGGUGUUGAAAUUUCUAAUUAUCACAAAUAAAUGUUACCCUGUUUACCAGUCAGGGUUUAGCAGAGGAGGGCGCAAGUUUUCAUUUGCACAGAUAUCUUUUGUCAACUUGUCAUUAAAAUGUUGAGUGUUUUCGGAACAA